AUGCCGCGCGCGCGCGACGCGCGCGCGCGCGUACGAGCGCUCUUUCUCGCGUGCGUCGUUCUCGCGACGCGCGGCGCGCGCGCGAGCGACGCGAAAGCCGACGCGCGAGGACGAGCGCUCGCGCUCGAGCGCUGGGCGCGGACGCCGACGCGACGCUGGGACGCGGCGGCGCGAGAGGAAGACGCGACGACGGCCGCGCGCGUGUCGGAAUCGAUUCGAAUCGUCGCGGAGGCGCGAGGCGCGGGUCGAGGCGUGGCGACGACGAGGAACGUGAGCGCGGGGGAGCUCCUGGCGGAGGUGCCGCUGGAGAAGUGCCUGUGCGCGGCGAGCGCGAGGAUGGACGCGCGGCUGUGGCGCGCGAUCGGGGCGAGCGGGGCGAGCGGGGACGCGAUAUUGGCGGCGCACGUGCUGCGGGAGGCGUUCGAUGCGGGAUCGAAGAGCGCGUAUUGGCCGUGGUUGCGGUUGCUGCCGAGAGACGUGGACAGCACGGUGGGGUGGAACGAGGACGAGUUGAGCGAGCUGAGCGGAUCGAACGUCGUGGUGUUCACGCGAGCGAUCAAGGCGCAGUGGAGGAUGGAAUACGACGCGCUCGACGUGCCGACGCUUGGGGAAAAAUUUCCAGACGUCUUCGGGGGCGAGCGCGCGGCGCAUUACACGUUUGACAAGUUUACGUGGGCGCGGUUUAUUAUUUGGUCGCGCGCGAUCGAUUUAUCCACCGAAAGCGCCGAGGCGCCGACGAUUCGCGUGCUGGUACCGUUGUUGGACAUGGCGAACCACGCGCCAGGGGGUAAGUUGCGCCCGGAGUGGGACGCGCGCUCGAACGCGGUCAAGGUGUACGCGGCGAGCGCGUUUCGGGAGCACACGGAAUUAAGGUUCAACUACGACACCAAGCCGUCGCAGUACUUUUUGUUACAAUACGGUUUCAUUCCGGAAACGAAUCCCGCCGAGUGCGUCGAGGCGACGGUGCGCGUGAGCGAUCACGACUCCCUUCGAGACGCCAAAGAGGAGCUCUUACGUCUGCACGGUCUCGAUCCGAAGAAGAGAAACUUCGAAUGGAAACCGCGAAGUAUUGAUUACGACUUGCUCGCGGCGACGCGAGUCAUAACUAUGGACGAGGCAGAAAUGAGCGACGCGACGUCGUUGACGCUCGCCGUCAGUGGCGCCUCGGUGAGCGCCAAGAACGACGCGCGCACGAAAGCCGUACUCCUCAAAUCUUUGGCGAGCUUUUUAGAGUCGUAUACGACGACUCUCGCGGAAGACAACGAAUACGUCGCACGUGUCGAUGACGAAUCGAACGAUGAGCCGCUUCCAGGAAAGCGAAAGCGCUUCGCCGUGUUGCUGCGCAUGCGCGAAAAGCAAAUCUUGCUCGCAUCCGCGGACGCCUUGUUCAAGGAAUUACCAGACGAAGAUCAAGAGCUCGUGAAGUCGACGUGCGAAGAGAUCUUCAUGAAUGAAUUCGACGCGUGCAUGACGCGCGCGAACGGGACGGUGUUCGCGUCGUACGAGAAAAAAACCGAGGAGGAGAGGGUGGAUGAAUCAUCGUAA